AUGCUUGGAUGGAUGCUCAAGCGCGGCGAAAACGCGUCCAACGCGGUCAAUGACGCCGAGCAACCCGACACGCCAGCCCCCGUGUUCGCUGCGAGAGCAUUUAAAAGCGCCUUGUUUGGCACCCCUCGACGGCACGAUAUUCGAGCUGCACGACCUGGAAGACGAGGCACAACGACUUCUAAUACUGAUAAAGACUCAAAUACCCCAUCAAAACCUGCCGGCAUUCUCCUAACACCUGGUACCGGUGCGGCGAGGCGGAAACGCGUGUCAUUCGGAUACGAUGUCUCUAGCGAUAAAGAACCAGUCGCAGAGGCAGCGAACGCGAUUAACAAACAAGAGUCGAGCGCAACAUCCAGUAAGAAUAAUGCCCCUACCGCAGUCAACUCCCGCCUUCCAGACGACGAGGAUGAUUGGGAAGAGGAUGACGAUGGCGAGCAGCCAGCUACCGACAUGACCCUCGACCUAAAUGAACCUCACUCUCAGUCUGGCAAAUACUGGAAAGAAGAAUUCGAAAAAUACCACGAAGAUGCCAAGGUUGAGCUGGAGAAAUUGCUCAAGUAUAAGCAACUUGCAAAAUCUUACGCGAAGCAACGGGAUGCCGAGACGAUGCAGCUGGCGGAGCGUCUGCGCGACGAGCAGCUCAAGGUGCUCAAAAUGGAAAAGAUGAUUGCGGAAAAUGAGAGAAACAUUGCUUCCGCACGGCAAGCCGAGGAUGGCGACGCGACAGUCGAGCUGCUGGACAAGCUGACCUCACAGACGACCUUGGCUACUCAGUACCGGGAGCAAGUGCAGAAGCUUGAGGCGGAACUCGAGGAGGCGCUGCGCGACAGGGAACAGAGGGCGGAUGUCCAACGGCGGCGCCGACAGGGAAGUGCGUCGCCCGCGACUCACAAGGCCCUCGCCGAGACGCAGCGCGAGCUGCGGCAGGCGAAAAGCCAACUGCGCGAAAUGGGGACAUUGCGUGAUCAGGUUUCUUCACUAAAAGCCAAAUUGCAGGCCGCUCAAGGAAAGCCGGGCAGCGCGAACGACGCGCCGGGCGAAAGUUCACGAACUCAGGAACUACGCGCCCAGCUCCGAGUGCUCAAGGAGGAGUCAUUGAUGAAGGAUCAGGAGUUGCUGAUUCUGAGGUCCGAAUUUGAUGCUUUUCGAGAAGAAUCGGCAAGACAGGAUGCCGACAUGCGCGACGUCGUGACACGUGCACACUCCAAGAUUGCUGAUCUAAAGAUGGAAAUCAAGGCUCUCAAAUCUACGCAAGCAGAGAAGCCCCGGCCUCAGAGUUGGGAUAUGGUUGGAAAUACCGAUGCGGCAGGUCUAGAGGAUUUGGACGAUCCAGUUGUCUCAGCCGAACCUGCUCGAUGCAGUUUGGAUACCGAUCGGCGUCGCAAACCACACGCUCCUACCAGAGAGCGGAAAUCGCGAUCGCUCCGUGAAAAGUUCCGCGAGGAUGCUCCUCCAAGCCCCGAGCGCCUGCCGUGCGUUUCGCGUCGGCAGGCGGAUGACCGACGGCAGUGGCAAGAGUUUGUCCCGAGGUCCCCCCGAAAUCUGGACUAUCUCGGCGAGGAUGUGGCCCGGCGGAUAGAAAACGGCGGCGUCACACCUGCGGCGCAGAAGAAGAAAGCAAUUCUGUCCGCGCACGAGCAAAUGGAGAGACGGAGACGGCCCAGUCAGUCGGACGGCGAGGAUGCAAUCGACUUGCUCCGGAGCCGCUUCGCCAAGCUGGGCGGCCCGGAAGAGGGCGGACAGGGCCAUGGGGGCAUCUCGAUCCCGAGCGGGAUUAAUCUGCCGCCCGAGCGCCGGGCGGCGGCGCUGGCGCGGAUCGAGAAACGUAUGGCGGAGAAGAAGAGGGCGAGGGCGCGGACCAUGGACAAGGAGAACAUGCAGCCCGUGCAGUAG